UUUUUUUAAUUCCAAAUGCUGUUUGCAAUGCCUUUGCCCUUCCAUGCGGCUAAAAUUAGUUAUUAGUUAUUAAUUAUGACGCCGAACUAACUCAUCUAAAAAUGAUUUAAUUAAAAUCAAGGUGGUAGGGCCUUUGGCAUCUCGUAAUUCAGUGUGACCAAAAUUACCCAUGUCAUAGCUAGUAUGAAUAUUUGUUUUUGGGCAAAGCAAUAAUGAGAAUUUUGCGAUGAGGGUAAUUCUGUAAAAUCAUGGAGGUUGGAAGUACCCGAAAAUGAACUAUCAUCUAAACAGGAAGGAGCCCGGAAGUUGGCUUCGAAUCCAGACCGAGACAUAUACCGUGAAGAUGACUUGUACAUGUUUGGACGGGCUUUGAAAUACUGUUUUUGACAUUUGUCUCUUUAUCACCUUAAACCUUAUUCGCAACAAUGCGACUAUAGCAUUAGAUUUAAACUCUUCAGUCACAGAUUCAAAAAUCAUCUGUAUAGGUUAGCCAUCGUUGUUUGCUUCGAACUGACGAACGUCAUCUAAAAAGAAAUGAAAAGCCAAGUCUCUUGUGUUGAUGAAGACGACUGUGAAUCAUGUAGAUUGGCAUAUUGUUGGUGGAGAACAGCUGCGAAAUUCGAUGAAUGUGCUAAGCUCAAGCAGGACUUUCCUGACGUUUCCAUUCUAACGCCUAGGCUCAGACUGCUUAGAGAACUGGAGAGAUUGGCUUUAAUUGCGCCUGAUGGACUAAACGAACUUCGUCGCAAGCUUCUUGGGUAUCGUUCAGGUGAUUUCUGGGUACCAACUGGAGGGAUCAAGAAGGAAGAUAUGGAUAUUCCCCCAGUGAACACAAUACUCUUGGUGGGUUUCUCUGGUUCAGGCAAGAGCUCGCUUAUCAAUCUUAUGUACAGUAUUCUUGGUCGGUCUGGCCUAAUACCCUUUGCUCAAACAUCAUCAGGAAGUUGUUCCAAUUACACCACCAUGUACAUGGAAGAACACAACGUCCUGAGAUCAAUGCAAAGUGGUUUCUGUGUUUACGAUUCAAGAGGGUUUGAUUAUGGUAGACCAAGAGAGGCAUUGGAGGAAUUGUCAAGAUGGAUAAGUGAGGGGAUUCAUCAUAAUGAGCUAUGCUUGAGAUAUAGUGACUGCACAAUAAUGACAGAUGAUGUGGAGAAUGUUGUUAUGAGAUCAUCUUCAAAAUUUGUGCAGAGAAGAGUGAAUUGCGUGAUGGUCGUAGCUAACAUGGCAGAUAUUUACAAAGCUUUAAAAGCAGGCGAUUUUAAGCCGUUGGAGGCUACCAGACAGCUCUUCUGCUCCCCUACUUUGCGAAAAAGCAAUGAAAACCCUUUCUUGAUCUUGACACAUGGUGACUUGUUAUCCACUGAGGAGAGGAUAGAUGGCAGGCUGAAGAUAUGCGAAUGUCUGGACAUAUCAGGGACGAAUGGAGUUUAUGACAUAGUAUGCCUCACAGAGUAUGGGUUUCUAGUAGAAGAAUCGGAUCCAGUGUCAGCCUAUGCCUUGACUGAAGCUGUAUACAGGGCACUGCUUAUCUCAGAUAGAGGCCACUUUCCAAAGAAAAAAUUCCAGGACUGGGCAUUGUUGAUAUUAUUGUGGCUUCUGCGUUUCAUUGGUUUGUGCUUCGCUUUCCUAGCUGAUGUUUUUUCCAAACUUGGACAGAAACAGAAACUGAGGAUGUGAUUCAAGAGAUGACCAGCCUAACCAAGGAUUUAUUUUGUAAAAAGCAGUGUAUCAUCACUAGGAUAAUGUUUUUUUUAUUUAGUAGUUCAGUUUAGGAGACUGAUCUUGAGAUAGGUUAACUUACUGACUUGAAAUGCCAGACCAAGUUUAGACUCUUAGUUAAAAUUUCUAAUUCGUCAUCUGGUUUUACCCACUGAUGUAUUAAUUUCUCACCAUAACGAAGAAUACCAAGGUUUUCUAGCAUAAUUUCGUUUUGAAUUUUCUGGUGUUGCACAAAUGCAUCAGGUAGCUGCCCUUAAUAAGGGUAUGGAU